AAAGGACUGGUUGUUCAGCGGGUGAGAAACAGCGAGAAGAAACAGACCUGCAAUGAGCAACCUAAAUCCAAACGUCUUUUUAAACUCCACUAUUGUGCGUCCUGAGUACUUUUUCAUAAGUGGUUUUUCCGGUAUUCCCCACUCAAACUACUACUACAUCUUCUUGUGCUUCGUUUAUGCUCUGACUGUAGUGGGAAACACUUUUGUCAUGUUCAUGAUUUACACUGACCACAGUCUCCACAGUCCAAAAUACAUUGUUGUAUUUAAUUUGGCUGUGUCUGACUUGUGUGUAAGCACCGCACUCAUUCCUCCAUUGAUUGACACCUUCCUGUUUAAAUCACAGCUGAUUUCCUUCGAGGCCUGUUUGACCAACAUGUUUUUUGUUUUUGGGUUUCUCAAUAUGCAGUCUUUCACCCUCACGGUUCUGUCCUAUGAUAGAUGCAUCGCUAUAUGCUUCCCGCUAAGGUACUAUGAGAUUGUGACCAGUAAAUCAAUGUUGGUGAUCACAACCAUAUUAUGGAUUAUUGCAGGAUUGGCCAUUCUCAUAGCUGUGGUUUUUAUCAGCAGACUGUCAUUCUGCAAAUCCAUUGUGAUAAACAGCUAUUUCUGUGAUCACGGACCCACAUUCCGUUUGGCAUGCAAUGACAACACUCCAAAUUAUGUCAUUAGUUGGACACAUCCUGUUCUGAUUUUCUACCUUCCAUUACUGUUCAUAACGGGCACAUAUAUUUCUAUAGCCAGAGCGUUAUUAAAAAUAGCUUCCGUAGAAGAGCGUCUCAAAGCCAUGAAGACCUGCACCUCCCAUUUGAUCUUAGUGGGUCUGUUUUACUUUCCUAUUUGUGUCACUUUUGCAAUGGGCUCCAGAAUUCACCAGAACGCCAGGAUUAUUAAUACGUCUCUGGGGACCGUCUUGCCGCCGAUGCUGAAUCCAAUCAUUUACUCACUGAAGACAGAAGAAUUCACAGAAUCCAUUAAAAGGCUGUACAGAAGAAUCAAGAUACACAUUAAUGUAAGCAGUAAAUGA